CUAGAUUUUUUAUGAUUCUGUAUGAAAAAGAUUGUUAUCUUUAUGAAUUACCAAGCGCACCUUGCCCUAUGACGGUGUAUGUGGAGCGCGCCAAAACCCACCGCAAGCCGCUUGUUUGUUAUUUGCGCGCCGUUCUUCUACUGAUACGUUCUUUUAACAUGUCCCUAAGUAAAAUCUUUGAUUCUUUUGCCAAACAGUUUUUUAAAAUCGCCCCAUAUAAAAGCUGCAGAAAACAAAAAACAUGGCGGUCGAUUGCAAAUUCCCGCACUUUUUCCCGCCCAUUCGGAACGCAGACUGCACCCGAUUUUGAUAACAAAAUUUUGAAUUCGCCUUGGGGUGAAAUUAAAGUUGGGAAUGAAACUUUAACUGAAUAUGUGUUUAGUGAUUACGAGUUAUGGGACGACAAGCCAUCUGUGACAUGCGGUGUAUCUGGUCGUUCCUACCCAUACGGAAUGCUGAGGAUGAUGGUGGAGAAAUGUGCAAUGGCUCUGCUGGGACACAUGCGCCUUUCUCCCGGAGAUCGUAUCGGGUUAAUACUACCUAAUAUCCCGGAAUUUGCUGCGCUUAUACACGGCGCUAUCCGGGCAGGAUUAGUCGUUACUUUUGCUAACCCGUUGUAUACCGCUGAGGAAGUUCGGAGACAGUUUACGGAUUGUGGUGUCAAAGCCAUUGGGACUAUAGAAAUGUUUAUGCCAGUCGCACUGGAGGUCAGCAAGUCCCUUAAAGACUACAAGGGAACUAUUUGGGUGGGAGGUGAAGAUGAUAAAGUUAAAGGUAUAUUUGGUUUCCGUUCACUUCUAAUGGCGGACCACACGGCUGACCUGCCACAGUUGAACUGUGACGAUGUCUGCCUGAUCCCAUACUCCAGUGGCACGACAGGCAUGCCCAAAGGAGUGAUGCUGACACAUACCAAUCUCGUGUCCAAUUUGAAGCAGGCCCGGUGUCCAAAAAUCAUGAAGUAUGAAGGAGAAAAAGGGCACGGCGACGUAAUCCUGACGGUUCCUCCCUUCUUCCAUAUCUACGGGUUCAAUGCAGUACUCAACUACAACCUAAGUUUAGGUUACCACAUCGUUUCUAUACCUAGAUUCACACCAGAAGACUACAUCAAAUGUCUAGUAGAACAGCAGCCGACCACACUGUUCGUGGUGCCGUCUCUGCUGACCUUCCUCGCCACACAUCCCCUGGUGAAGAAGGAGCACCUGCAGUCUGUGCAGACCAUCAUGGUGGGCGCGGCCCCCACCACCGACAGUAUGCUAGAGAAAUUCCUGCUCAAGUGUGAAAAGACUAAAGACGAAAUUAAAUUGCUACAAGGUUACGGGAUGACAGAGAGUUCUCCUGUGACGUUGAUGACGCCAUACAAGUACCCAUACAACAAAGUGGGCUCUGUGGGGCAGCUCGUCCCCAGCACGCAGGCGCGCAUCGUCUCCCUCACCACCGGGGAGAACUUGCACACCCACAACUCUGGGGAACUCUAUCUUAAAGGACCUCAGGUAAUGAAAGGGUACUGGAACAACGAGGCGGCGACGCGGGAGACGGUGGAUAGCGAGGGCUGGCUGCACACCGGAGACGUGGCUUACUACGACGAGGAUCACUACUUCUACAUCGUCGACCGCACCAAGGAACUCAUCAAAGUUAAAGGCAACCAGGUAUCCCCAACAGAAAUAGAGAGCGUGAUAAUGGAGCAACCUGAAGUUGCAGACGUAGCAGUGGUUGGUAUACCUGACGCACUCGCCGGAGAACUGCCCAAAGCUUUCGUUGUUCUUAAAGUGAACCAUAAACUCACAGAGAAACAAAUCUACGACGUUGUAGCUCAAAAGUUAACUAAAUAUAAACGACUUGAAGGCGGUGUUACAUUUCUACAGUCAAUACCAAGAAAUGCAGCGGGUAAAAUAUUGAGAAAUGAACUUAAAGUUCUCGGCUCAAAGAAGUAGGUAAUCAGACUUUUUUUGUAUAAUAGUGAUUCAGUAAAUAUGUUGAUAGAAUUAAUUUGAUAGUUAUUUUUGUAAAUAGGUUAUG